AAAACACAGCAGUUAAGUCUUUAUCAGGUUUCCUUCCUGCCUUAACUUUCCUUCCGCAGUCGCCUGCAGGGCUCCGAGUUUUCCGUGAGCCAGCAAACAUUUGAAGAUGAACUACAGCACAGCAACAUGGCAUGCUUGAAUUUCCAGAUUCUUUUGGCAUGGUAUUUUUUUAUGUUUUCUGUUAACACGUGUAUUUGUACUGGACAUGCUGGUGCCUGCAGCCCUUUCUGUAUUGGUAGCAGCUGCUUGUUUGUCAACCGAGACAAAGUGGAUUUUACAACCGCCGAAGAACAAUGUCAUGCCAGGAAAGGAAAGCUAUUGGCAUUUCAGUCAGCAGGAGAUAAGAGAUUGUUUGAGAUGGUGAGACAAGAACUAACUGGAAACUUCUGGCUUGGACUCCAUUUGCCAACUAAUGCUUGCAGCAACCUCUCACUUCAUAUGAGAGGUUAUGAAUGGAGCUCUGCUGAAGGGGACGGGAACUUUGUUCCUUCUGAUAUCGUGUGGGAAAAUGAUGUUAGAAUCUGUUCUCCUAGCUGUGUCUCAAUUUCAAAUGAGAAAAAGCUCAAAGAGUGGCCAUGCUCUUAUAAAAUUGACGGAUUUCUGUGCAGAACCUCCCACAAAGAGGCAUGCCAUGCACAAGGGUUAUCUGAUGAAACAUUUUUUCGGAGUUCAAAGGGCUGCUCAGGUGCUCCAUGUGAGCACCAAUGCACUCCAGUAAAAGAUGGAUUCAAAUGCUCUUGUUUCCAAGGAUUCGCACCGGACGUAACGGAUCCUAAGAGGUGUCAAAUCCACUGUGCGCAGGAGAGAUGUCCCGCCGUUUGUGAGAGAAACACUGACAGUGCUUGCUUCUGCCCAAAAGGUUUUAUCAUCAAUGAAAAAUUUUGCGAAGACAUUAAUGAGUGCUCAAUGAAUGAAUGUGACCAGGACUGUAAAAACACAUUUGGAAGUUUUGUCUGUGCUUGUAAAGACGGUUAUGUACUAAAACACCAGGUGAAAUGUAUUAAAGUGGUUGAUGAUCAUCUUGUCAUCACCACUCCCUCUGUCAGAAGUUAUGCCAAGCCUGACAAUGACACUAUGAAAGGUUCCUCUUUAUCUGCAGGCACAUUUAUUUGGUUGUGGAUUUUAGCUGUUUCAGUUGUGAUUGUGUUUAUUUGCGUUGGACGUUUUUAUAUGAUUAGGCGCCAGAAACGCAGAGAGCAGAAUUCCAACCAAAGGUCAAGUGUUCCUGUGGAAAUUACCUAGUGGUGAACACAAUACUUUAUGAUUACACUGGUUUUCUGUU